AUGUCGGACGUCCAGCCCCUGAUCGCUCUGCUGGAGAUUAUGCUCAAUCUCUCUACCCCACGGAAACCAGCAGUAAAGCCCGGGGGUCACCCAGAGAAUAUAUUUAUCGAUCUGACGGAGGAGGAGAAAGAAGAAUUCGAAUGUUCGAUCUGUUACCAAGUGCUGAAAGAUCCAAGGAUGUGUAUCAACAAUCAUAAGUACUGCUAUCCGUGUAUAUUUGUGUGGACUACCAGUGGUUAUGCUGAAAACCACAGUAGAUGUCCGGUGUGUCGUGUGCGCAUGCCCGAUUCUUACAUCAGAUGUAGAGAACUUGCAGAGAGGAUAGGGGCCAAGAAUGUGAAGUGUCUGGUUAAAAGCUGUAGAUGGAAAGGUCCUUUGAAGAAUUUAGGGACACACCAGCAUACAACUUACACCGAAACGGGCCUGCCGUACCGACCUAGUAACAGAGAGGCACAAAUGUUCCGUGAAAAUGACCUUCCUCAGCUGUCGGAAGCCAACCCCUCAGACACGGACGCCGCUCCGUCUAACUACAAUAUCAGGGACGUCACCGAAACAACUUCAUCCAACGGUCGUCUGUUACUUAGGCCGACAGAGGAAACGAACAAUGUAACAUCUACCUCUCAAGGCCGACUACUGUCAAGGUCGACAGAUCAGCGCACGCCAUCAGGUGUAGGGCACACGCGCUCUAUAGCACGUCGAAGAGUGACCCCAUCCUCUGAUAACCCUACAGGCUCCUCGGCCACUCCGAGAACUCCACACCCUCCCUCCGGCCCUCGCCCAUCCGGGUCUCAAACCCGUCGUUUGCCGACUCUACCGAACAUCGUCGGCACUAGUCAGACUGCCAGACAGUCCACCGCGACCACAAGAAAUAAUUCCACGUCGACGUCAAGAAACAACACUGUAUCAAACAGGAAUUCAACGACAAACACGGAAAGCCGGCCUCAGGGUUCCACCACUGCUAGUCGGCUGCGAGCUAGAAAUAGAGAGGAGCAGGAGAACGCACCCAAUAGAAAUAUUCGUGAACGUCUUAGAGAAAGCAGAAACCGACUAGAUUCUCUUAUGACCACGUUUUCUUCUGAAUUAGAUAGAGGGCGCAAUGAUAUCGCCGCUUUCCAAGAUCAACGGGAGCGAAGGCGCCAGGAGCAACUGGAUGAAGUACGCGACUUGGGAAGGAGGUUGGGCCAAGUCGCUACAGAACUGCGACAACUAAUAGACCACAGGCGCCAACUCAGAGAUGACAUUGAGGAGACGAUAAGUGAACUUUAA